GUUAAAGUUUUAGACAUACGCGUCUGUUAGGGCGGGAUACAUUUGAUUCGAGCGAAAAAAUAUUAAUUAGACGCAUCAAGAUGUUCGGCUUAUUUAAUUUUUGGAAUUUAGCAGCCUCUUCGACACCGCCGUCGAGAAAUCGACGAACCGUUGACAGUCCCGAAGGAAACGCAUCCAUAGAGAAUUCAGGCAGUGACGAGAACAGUAACAUUGUCCAGUCUGAUAACAAUGAGAGUAGUGCACUGCUGGACAGCAACAUGAAUGGAAGCACUCCCAGCAGCAGCGCCGUGAGUGCUAGCACCAGCGACUCGUCGUCUGCAGCUGGUGGAAGAACUCCUGAUUCUCCACCAGUAUUGGGAACCGUUCGUGAUAAUGCAUCCAAUGGCCUGGGCAGGACUGUAAGAGAACAUGAUUGGGAGUCGCUACGCAUCGUUUCGCCGCCCAGAAUCAUAAGAGCUCGUCUCAGUCCAGCUCCAGGUGCCUAUCCCGGACAGCCAGUGGACUCGAUUAGUCUUUCGGACAGUUCGGAUAAUGCAAGUCCGCCAAGACCUCGCACUCCAAUUCCCUUUGUAGAUCUAAGCACACCGGAAUACCCUCGCCGUCGUGCGUUCUUUCAUCGUCGCAGCAACCAUCAGGAGCGUCUACCUCUGGCCCCGCCCGGCCCGGCUGUUGCAUCUACACCUUCGUCGUCAAGCAACAAUAGCUCAACAGAUGAUAUUUAUAGAUGCCCGGUGUGCUUUGAAAGUGUCCGCGACCAUGAGCCGGCAUCGACCGAGUGCGGUCACGUUUUCUGCCACGCUUGCAUCGUGGCUGCGGUCCGUGCGACCAAAAAGUGUCCUCUAUGUAACGAGAAGUUGACAUUGCGUCGCAUUUUUCGUAUUUAUUUCUAGAUCAUCUGACAUCGCUUUGAAUGCGUUUAUCCCUUACAAAAGAUAUACAGAUUUGGAUGUGAGAAGUGAUUGAUGAUGAUUUAACUCAAACAUACUAUGAUACCUAUUUUA